AUGGAUGAAGGAAACGGGAAACACACACAAAAUAUACCAUCUCAAUCCUUAUUUACUCUACAAGCUCUACCGGAAGAAACGCUACGAAUUAUUAUUACUCAUUUGAAUGGCAGUACUGUUGCCAAAUUGGCUCGACUAUCGCAAUAUUUCUAUACAGUGAUUUCCAAUGAUUUGACGUGGAAACAAGUUAUACAACAAGAGUUAACGAAUCAACCACAAUUAAUCGAUGGAGAGAGUUAUUAUCAUUUCUAUAAACGACAUUAUCUUGGAAUUCAAAAAACAAUGAAUUCAGGUGGAAUAGAUUCAUCUGAAACAUGCAAGCAAAAUAUCCAUGAGCAACACGAUGAUGAUAGCCACGCUAGAAAACAUUAUUAUCAACCACGUACAUCAUGGGUAUAUAUUGACCAAUUUCAUCCCUAUAAACAGUAUAAAUUAAUCGAAAAUGACCUACCAUCAAGGAACUGCAAUUAUUAUUACUUCAAAUUUUUCUUUUUGAACGCGGCCAGAAAUAAUUUAGAAGUCUGGGCUAAUAAAUUAUACCAACAAAUCAGUCGAUAUUUACAACAACAGCAAGUUGAAAAUAUUUAUUUGCAAUCGUUAUACGUUGCUACACGCGAAAAUUCUUGCCACUUUAUUCGUCAAUUUUUAUAUAUGUAUAUUCAAUACCAUGAUGAUAAUGAAUGCCCUCCACUCUUUGCUACCUUGGCUAAAAAUCAUACACCGAUUGUAUGGAAAAUAUUUUAUUGUAUUUCAUUAGAUAGUCAUUUAAUAAGUGCACUAUCUGAAUUUUUUAACUUACUACCACUGUAUCAAGCUGUCAUCAACAAAGAUUUGAAUAAUAUUCAAUUUUUACUUCAUUGUAAUCAUGAUCUAACUCAUCUUUGGUCAUCUGUAUCAUUUUGUAUUAUUUAUUACAUUUCGUUAUGUGGCAAUAUAUCAACUAUCGAGUAUGUUCUAUCCAAUUAUCAAAAUUUCUUUGAGAAGCAGGAAGCCAAUAAUAGUCAUGGGCAAACUGGUAGUUGUAAUACUACCGACUUUGAAAGCAAAUGGGAAAGAGAAAUGAUUAGAGCUGCCGUUGAUAGGAAUGGUUGUGAGUUUCUUAAGAUUUUACGCAAAAUGUCAACCAUUCAUUUUAUAUUUAAACAUUAUUAUUCCAUCGCUUUAUGGCAUGCGAUUUAUCGCACGCUCGUUAAUCCAACAUCUUAUCCAAAUUUUUGGCAGUAUAUUACGCUAGAGUGUAAUGAUUUGAACACUUUUACUGUAGUUAGAAAGUCAAAUCGUGAUGACAAAAGAGGUGUUGAAUUGAUAUUUAGAGCAUGUUAUAAAUUAAUGGAAGAUUACGACAGCUGGAAAGAGAAAGAUGAAAUUGUUUAUGCUUUAACUGGACUUGUGAAUGACAACUGUCCGCAAACGAAUACAUAUGAUUUAUGGGCAACAGUAUUCCAACAACUAUUACCUGAUUUAGCAGAACUUGAUAAUCCCUUAUGUCGCGAAUAUGACGAUUAUUACUUUUGCCAUGAUAUAUACAACUUGAUUACUCUUAUUAAGGAUAAGCAAAUAACCCCUCCAGAGUUAUUUCGUAAAUUAAGAAUUAUCGAAUCGAAAAAUGAAAUUUCGAAAUGCUUAUCAUUGUAUUAUAGUCUUAAUAAGUUACAUCAUGAACAAUCGAUAGCCGAUUGGAUAAGAGGAACCUCAGGAUACCGAUUCGAGGAGUUAACACUGCGAGUGGGAAAGUUAUACUUGAAAGAUUUCGAUUUUGAUCAAUGGCUACUUUGUGGUGUAAAUAGAUUAAUCAAGAAGAUAAGACCGGACGAUAUUCUAUGCAAUAACAUUCUUCGGCAUAAAAUUGAAGUUAUUGCUCAGUGCUAUUUUGAUCUAUAUUUAUCUUAUGGUUUUAAUGUCAAUAAAUUAAGCAAUCACCAACAAGCAUCAGUGCAAGAAAAUCUACCUAGUAUUGCCAUAUACGAUUCUAAGUAUCUAGAUAUACCAGCUUUACAUUACGCUUGUAAAUUAGCCACACCAUUAUGGGUAAAAACUCUUCUAAUUGCCGGUGCAGAUCGCCAAUUAACAAAUAAUCAAGACAAGCUACCAAUCGAUUUUUGCCGAGAGCAUUACAAGCAAUAUAAUGUAGUAAACAUGAAAAUCACUGUAGACCUGUUAACACAUUAUACAUCUUGCCCUCGAAGGACUAAGGAAGGUAUAAUAGUUCAGUGA